CAGAAACAAGUCUCCAAGCAUCUGCACCUAUGCCGCUUCGACAAAUUGUGAGGUCCACGAGCACGCCCAUCUGUACUCAAUCAAGCUUUCAGGUAUUGAGUGGGACCCAGACUGAGGCGCGGUUCGCGGGUCGACCUGUACACUUCCGUGAGCGUGUCAAAGGUCGCCAUGCAGUACCGGUACCCGACCCUCUGCACGUAGUUGCAUUUUUUAACGUCAGUUACAAACACAACAAAGAUGCAUCAAAUGACCUGACGAGGCACCGAAUAAAGAAGAACGACUGGCAAAAUGGCAAAGUCUCCAGGGGUUGGCGACCCUAUGGUUUGCGAGAUGGUGGAGCUAAUGGGACCAGCAAAUGCAGUGGACCUGCUCAGCGAGAAGCCAUCUGACGCAGUGUUGAACCGAUCCGGGCGCCUCGGCGUUCUCAACGACCUGCGAGACGGCGGCACGCCCAUCGAGCUAGAUUUCACAUUGGACAGCCACGGCAAGCGCCUCGCGGCGCCAGCCGCUGUCGACGACCCCGCUGCCUCCGCUGGCUGCUCCAUCACAGCCAUAGCUCCCUUUGCUAAUCAGACUGGCGACGGCGGUGGCGGCGCGGCGAAGAAGCGGGCCGCCGAGGCGGCGGCAGCGACGGCGGCUGCCGUGGCGGCCGCCGCGGCAGCGGCCGGCAAGGUCGCCGCCGGCGCCGCUCGCGGCGUCGGCCGUGCCGCCACCUCGUGGGUAGUGACGGGCGCAUCUGACAGUGGCCGCAGUGCGGGACGACUGGCGGCGGCGGCGGCGGCAGCGGCGGCGGCGGCGCAGCGGCGGGAGGCCGCCGCGGCGGCGGCGGCUGCACGUGCCGCGGAGAAGGCGGCAGCCGCCGCGGCCGCGGCCGCUGCGGCAGCAGCAGCUGCAGCUGCAGCGAAGGCCGAGGCGGAUGCGCAGGCGGCAGCGAAGGCGGCAGCACAAGCGCAGUCCAAGGCCCAGCAGCCGGUGCCGCCGCCUACCAGCCCACCAGCUGUCAAGGCCGCAGUCGCGCCGCCGCCGCCGCCGCCGCCGCCGCCGCCACCACCGCCGCGGACGCCGCCACCUCCGGCCGUGCCUGUGGCUACAGCCCCAACCACCGCGGGCGCCGCAACACCUCCGCCUGCGGCACAGCCGCCGCCGCAGCCUCGCGCGGGGCUGGCGGCGCCGGUGCUGCGCGCCCGCAGCCUGGCGGCGCCGCUGGCGAUGGAGGACGUGGCGGCGGCGGAGCGCGCGACGUCGGCGGUGAUUGCGCCUUACACCGCCGCCACCGCCACACCCACGCCGGCGCUUGCAGCCUCCGCCGCCGCCGCCGCCGCCGCUUCCCCUCCAUCUGCCGCCGCCUCCGGACGUGGCAGCGGCGCGGCUGCGCCGCCGCGCAGGCCCCGGCCAGUGGCGGCUGCGCCGCCGCCGCCGCCGGCGCGGCGGCCUGCGGUCAGGGGCCGGGGUCGGGGGCUGGGGGCGGUGGGGGCGCUGCUUCGGUCGCCUGCCCGGGUGGCGGUGCUGGUGGCGAGGGGUGUGCUGGGGACUGCCAAGUACGGCGCGUGUGCGGUGUUUUGCGCCUUCUUCCCGCGCACCUGCCGCCUCGUGGGCCUGGCAGCGUUGCUCUCCGGCUCCCACCUGCCUCUGCCGCCCGGCCUGCCGCCGCUGGCCAACCCGCUGGUGUCGGCCUCCCCUCUGGCGGCCGCGCUGCUGGCGCCGCUGGCGCCCCUGCGCGGCCCCUUCGCGGCCUUUGCCGCGGCCCGCGCCCUGGGUCCGGUGCUGGCGCCUGCUGUGUGGCGCAGUGUGUGCUACUGGCAGCGGACCCUGCCCAUCAUGGCCAGCUACAUGCGCACCACCCGGCGCGCCCGGGCGCUGCAGCGGCGCGGCGACUGGCAGGGCGCGGAGGGGCUGUGGGCGGCCCAGCACGAGUGGGGCGCGGGAGCCAUAUUCGACAUGCUGGCAGACCUCAAGGGCUUCUACCUCAAGCUGGGUCAGAUCCUGGCCGCCAAGACUGACAUGCUGCCGGGGCCCUACCCCGCCUCGCUCACACGCCUGUGCGACCGACUGCCGCCCGCGCCCUUCAAGCAGAUCUGCGCCGCCAUCCGCUCCGACCUAGGCCUGCCCGUCACCUCCCUGUUUGCCGAGCUGGACCCCUUCCCCCUGGCGUCAGCCACCGUGGCGCAGGUGCACCGCGGCUCGCUGCCCGACGGCCGCGGUGUAGUGGUGAAGGUGCAGCACGCCGCCGCGCGCGCCGUCAUGGCUGCAGACCUGGCCAACCUGCGCGCGCUCAGCCGCCUCAUGGAGGGGUGCGGGCUGCAGCUGGGCUUCGACCACGGCUCGCUGGUGCGCGAGUACAACGUGCAGGUGCCGCUGGAGUUUGACUUUGAGCGCGAGGCCCGCUGCGCCGCCGCUGUCCGCGCCAGCCUGGAGCGGGCUGCGGGCAGCUACCCGGCUCUGCGGCGUGUGGUGGUGCCGCGGGUGGUGCCCAGCCACAGCGGGCGGCGGGUGCUGACUCUGGAGUAUCUGGAUGGAGUGCCGCUGCUGGACGUGGCGGGCAUGGAGCCGGCCGUGAAGCACGGGCUGAUGACCAGCCUGGUCCUGGCGUACGGCAUCAUGAUCCUGCAGGACGGGCUGUUCCACUCCGACCCGCACCCCGGCAACGUGCUCGCCAUGCGGCGGCACCAGGCGCUGAGCCCCGUGGAACGAGGCAUGAACCACACCGGCGGCGGCGGCAGCGGCGGAGGAGCAGGAGGCGGCGGCGGCGGCAAUGGCUGGGCGGCGGUGGCGGAUCAGUUUGAAGGAGAUGACCUGCAGGUUGCGCUGCUGGACUUUGGCCAGACCAAGCAGCUGAGUGGGGCCAGCCGGGCCAGGUACGCCACACUGGUGGCGGCCAUGGCGGUGCGGGACGACGACCUGGUUUUGGCGGUGGCGGCGGAGUUGGGUCUGGUGAUCGACAACUGCUCGCCGGGCUUUGCGGCCGCUGCCACCUACAUCCUGUUUGACACGCGCAUGGACCUGGAGGAGGCGCACAUGGGGCCGCUGCACCCGCAGGCGCACGAGUUCAGGACCGCCAAGGUCCCCGCGCUGCCCCAGGACCUGUUCAUGAUCAUGCGCGCCAUCACGCUGCUGCGCGGCCUGCUGGCCAGCCUGGGUGUGGACGUGUGUGCGGCGCAGCUGUGGCGGCCGCUGGCGCUGCAGGUCCUCGCAGACAUGACGCCGGUCGCGCGCAGCCCGCGCCUCUCGCUCUCCGCCGCGCCGGCGUCGGGCCGCGUGUCCGGCCAGGCCUCCCCCCUGCCCGGCUCCUCUUCCCCCUACCCCUCCUCCUACACCUACCGGCCCCAAGGCACCGGCGGCUCGGCCGCCCACGGCGACGGCCUCAGUCCGGCUGAGAUCUUGGCAGCGGAUCUGGCGGCGGCGGUGGCCAUUGGCGGCAGCAGCGGCGGCGGCGCGCCGCCGGCGGCGGCGCCGCUGGCGCCGCCGGUGGGAGUGGACGAGGCCUACGGAGGAGGAGGAGGGUAUGCGGGGGAGGUGUUCGUUGGGAUGCCGGCGCUGCCCAGCGCCUCCACCACGGCCGCGGUGAUGGCGGCGGCGCGGUCGCCGGCGGGAGGCAGCAGCGGGGCUGGAGGACAGCAGGCCGGGUUCCGUGGCGUGUCAGGAAUUCCGGCGGCGCCGCCAGCCGCGGCGGGGGCGCCGCCGCCGCCGCCGCCGUUGGCGGCGGGCGUGGUGGCAUCACGCCUGGCGCUGCGGCCCGGCGGCGCCGCCGCCGGCGGCGGCGCUGCGCGGCCGCUGGCGGGCGCGCUGGCGGCGGCGGCGGCGCUGCCGCCGGGUGCGCCGCUGAGCCCGCAGCGGAACGGCCGGAUGUCGUUCUCUGCGAGUGCCGCCGCCGCCGCGCCGCCGUCGCCGCCGCCGGGGGCACGUGUGGACGGCGAGGGGCGGGUGGUGCUGGGCAAGGCGGCGCAGGAGGCGAAGCGUCGGGCGGAGCGAGCCGAGCGCGAGGCGGCGGAGGCGGAGCGGCGGCGGCGGGAGAAGGAGGCGGCGGAGGCGCGCCGCAAGGCGGACGAAGCGCGGCGGCGGGCGGAGUGGGAGGCGGAGCAGGCGCGCAAGGCGGCGGACAAGGCGGCGCGCGAGGCCAAGCAGAAGGCGGCGCGGGAGGCGGCGGAGGCGAAGAAGACGGCGGAGCGGCUGGAGCGGGAGGAACGCAAGCGGGCGGAGAUUGAGGCGGCGAACGCGCGUCGCAAGGCGGAGCGGGAGGCGGCGGAGGCGAAAAAGGCGGCGGAGCGGGAGGCGGAGGCGCGGAAGCGGGCCGAGCGCGAGGCGGCGGCGCGGGCGGCGGCGGAGGCGAAGCGGGCGGCGGCGCGGCUGGCGCGGGAGGAGCGGGAGCUGGCGGCGCAGCGGAGCAGCAGCGCGCCGCCGGUGCGGCCGCCGCCGCAGUCGCAGCCGUACCCGGGGCACAGCAACCUCCUGGGCAGCCCGGCGGCCGGCGGCCUGGCGGCUGGCGGCGGCGGCGCCGGCUUUUCAUCGUACUCCGCGACGGCGUCGCCCGUUGGCGGUGUCGGCACCAGCAGCAGCUCGCGCAUGGCCGCUCCCCCGGCGUUGGCGGCGCCGGUGGCUGGCGUCGGCAGCGUGUUACACUCGCCUACACCCGUGCGCCUCGGUCCGGCCCUGACCGCCGCCGCCGCCAACACGACGCCGGCGCGCCCCUCGCGCUUUGCCACGUCGCCGCCACGCACCGCCGACGGCAUGGUGCCUGCCGGCGGCGGCGCCGCCGCCAUGAUGGCUGCAUCGUCGUUGUACAAGGUCUCCUCGGACGCGGCGGCGCCGCCGCCGCCAAGCAGCGCUGCCGCCGCAGGUGGCGGCGGACGCAACGGCGGCGUGAACGGCGGCGGCGGUUACGGCGGCGGUUACGGCGGUGGGAUGGCGACGACGCCGGGCGGCAGUCGCUUUGCGCCCGUGACGCCGGCGCGGCCGGUUGGCUUGGGCGACGAUGCCAUAGAGGCGGCGGCGGCGGCGGUGGCGGCGGGUGUGACGGCUGGCAGCAGCAACAGCGGCACGGCCUACGGCACGCCGCCGGGCCAGCAAAACCAGUACGGCCAACCGAACCUGCACAGUCAGCAAAACCAACGGAGCCAGCAGAUUGACGACUUGACUGAACGGCUGAUGGAGAGAGCCAAUGCGCUGGCGGUGACAGCGGACCGUAUGUCCAGUUUGGCGACGCAAGCGAACACACAGGCCGGUGCCGCAGGGAGCCCUCAAUCACGAUCGCCGCUGUCGCCCCAAACCGCCGCCACAACCGCUGCCACUGGCGCUACCGCACCACAGCGGCCGUCCCUGCCUGCUACAGCCGCCGGCGGCGGCGGCGCCUCGUUAGCCGAGCAGCAGCGGCAACUGGAGGCCCUGAAACAGCAGCUGGCGACUCUGCAGGCGGCUGUAGCACACACACCCUCACCGCGCUCUCCACCGCAGCAGCAGCAGCAGCAGCAGCCGCUGCUGCCGGGGGCGGCGGGGCCGAGGGCGCCGGCAGCGGCGGCCGCUAGCCCGACUGCGUCAGCACGUGCCGUGUCCGGCACGGCCACUGCUAUGGUCCCGCCGGCGGCGCCGGCGGCUGCGGGCGGCGCGGCGGGCUCGGGAGACACGCUGCAAGACCAGGCCCGCGCCCUGCUGAGCUCCUCGCGGCGCCUGUCCAUGUCCAUAAGCGUGGAGCCCUCGGCCGCCGCCAUCGCCGCAGUCCUGGCGGAGGCGGCGCCGCGAGGCGCCGGCGCCUCGCCGCCGCGCAGCGGCGGCGGCGGCGGCGGCGUCAUGGGUGCGGGUGGAGUCUCGCCGCCACUCAGCCCACGGCUCUCGGUGGAGCGAGGGGUGGGCGGCGUCGGGGCCGGCGUCACAACCUCGAUGCUCUCGCUGCCGCCGCUGCGCACGGCGGCGGCUGGGGCCGUUGGGAGCGUUGGGACGGGGGCCGGGGCCGGCGGCGGCAGUGUCGUAGGCACGCCGUCCCGAGGUGGCGGCGGCGGCGGAGGAGGCGGCGGCGGGCUGAGCGAGAUAGAGCCGGCGGCGGCGGUCGCGGCGGCGGCGGCGGGGGCCGCGGGUGCGCGUGGCUCGCCGGCAGCGCUGGGGCCUGUAUCUUCCAUGUCCGCGACGGCGGCGUAUCAGCUAGUGAUGGGGCCGCUGCCGCCUGGGGAUCGUCUGAGUGGCGGCGGCGCGGCGGCGGCGGCUGCGGCGGUGGCAGCGGCGGCGGCUGGGGCAGGCAUGCGCUCCAACACACCCACGGGCGAUGGAAGCGUGGCGACCGAUGACCUGAGCAUGUGGCUGGCCCGCCAGCAGCACGGCACACACGCCCCCGGCGGCCCCCUCAGCACCAGCACCAGCGACACAGUCAGCCUCGCCGCCGCCGCCAACGCCGCCAACGCCAACGCCCCCGCAGCCGCAGCCGCCGCUAUCCUCGGCGCUGCUCCUGUCUCCACCACCACCGGCCCACACGGCCCAGCCGGGGCCGGUUCGCCGCUCUCUCCUGCCGCCAACACCAACACCAACACCACCCCUGGCCCUGCCCACUCGCUGACACAGCAGCACCAGCAGCACCACCAGCACCAGCACCAGCACCACCAGCAGGAGCAGCAGCACGCGGCCUACCAGCGCGCGCUGCGCACUCAGGCGCUGGGCGGCGCCACGAGCACCGGCGGCCUGCCGCCGGGCAUGCCCGGCCACAGCGACAUGCCCAUGUCCUACAUCGGCGCGGCGCCGCUGCCCUCACACACGCUGCUGCUGCCGCCGUCACAUGCUGCGGCUGCGCCGGCGCCGAUCCACCCGGACUGGGCGGGCAUGGCGGCGCCGGUGACGGCGGCGGCGAGGGCGGGUGGUGCGGGUGGUGUGGGUAGCUCGGCGCCCGUGUCUGGCGGCUCUACGCCGACCAAGAAGGCGCCGGGCACGGGGGACUCUGUGAAGAAGGGCCUGGCGCGUCUGGGGCGGAAGCUGCUGGGGUCGUGAGGAGGAGAGGGGUGCUGUGGUACGGUGAUGGUGCGGUGGCGAUGGUGGGAGGGGAGUCGGGAAGGAGUGGCAGGGAGGUGGGAGGCGCGUUCAGUGAUGGGGCGGGGAAUGUGGGACGUGGGGAGGGGGGUAUUGCAGCAGGGUGCGUGUGCAGGAUUCAUGAACGGUGUGGUGGUGACGGGAGGAAGGCCCUGGUUGGCAGGGUCCAGGAGCAAUUCACUUCCUGCGACAUGCGAAGCGGGUGGGCCGCAGGAUGUGGCGGCCCGAAGUCUGUGUUUGGUCAUUGUUGUUGUUGGGGCAGUGGCGGUGGCGGCGGCGGCGGCGCCAACUGGUGAGCUAGCUCAUUGGGGCGGUGAGGCCGUGCAAACGUAUUGAUUGGCGUGCGGAGUGGUAGGCUUCGCGCGGCGAAAACGCGUCUCUGUUUUCAGGAUAUAGCGCAAUCAAUUGAAGGGAAUGGGAUACGAGGAGCCGUGGGCAGUGCUUGUGGCCAGGCGUUUAAGUCCCUUGCUUGCAUGCAUGAGAGAGACAGGAGAGCAGGCAGUCGCAGGGCGGGAGUAUUCUGGAGAACUGGGACACGUUCGGCGUUGGCAUUGAGACAGUGGGGUGCCAGGAUUGAGGCGGCUGGCUGGCUGGCGCGUAGUUGCUGCGCUGUGGACAGGAGCGAGGCUGUGUGGAGAGACGGGUGAACGGGGGCGGAGCACCCAGGGUUGGCGGGUGCCAGGGGCUGUCGCCCGCAGGGCCGUGGCGACGACACAGCUAUGUGCCGACGUGCGCAAUGUGAGUAAUUUGUUGUAAUCUUGCACAGUC